ACAUAUAUAAAAAUCUAUUUUAAUUUAGUGAAGUUUUUAAAAUGGUACUAAGCGUGGUCUAAUGGAAAUAGUGAUGUUUUGGGUUGUCCUGGCUCUGCUAUUUGAUGAGUUUGGGGCAAAUAACUAAUCAUUAUGGGCCUUAAUUUCUUCAAUUGUAUAAGGGUAGAAUUAGAUUAUUUCCAAAAUUUUGAACUCUUAAAAGCCCUAAGUUCUUCAAUAGAAAGUAGAAUUUGAUUAUAAAGUCUAAACCUGAAUGAGAAAAUGGUCUUUUUAUUAGUCAUAAAAUAACUCAUGUAUGAUGAGUUACAUUUAUACCAUAAAGGCUUAUCAGAUAGAGAGUUCUAUAAACACAUAAGUUAAAUCUGCCACAAUUUGAUUAUGGUAAGUUAAGAUAAAAUUAUCCUAACAAUUCUAGUUACCAUUUUUGUGUAAUUUUGUAAAUGUGAAAACUUACCACUUAAACUCUGAGUGGAUAUAGUAGUGUAUCAUUUUAAAGGAAUAAAACUGUUCUAAGGGAGCACGUUACCCUUAAAUGAAAAAUGUUUAUAUAAAAUUGAAUUUCAAAAUAUUAAGUAGAUUUUUAGUUUUAUAGUGAAAUGUAGACUAGUUGAUAACACAUUUAUGGGUGAUACUAAAGUGCUGGUGUAGGGAAUAACUCCAGCAAUGGCUAUAUACCACUUAACAACCGCUAGUCCUUUCAACACAACUCAGGUUUAAGUGUCAUUGGAAAAACCUUUUAAUAUUUGUAGAGAAAAAUAGUAUGAACUAGUUUUGCCUGAGUCACACUAGUAGGUAUUCAAGAAGCUUUUCUGUUAGUAGAAACAAAUUACUGAUUGUUUUUGUUGUUGAAUUGAAAAUGUGAGAAAGAUCUGAAGCCCAGUGAGGUGGUGCGUUAAAAAAAAAUACAUUUAAAUAAAGCUCUUAGAACUUUAUUUGAUUAUACUUGGACUUUGCUUUUUUUCCUUGGAUCUGUCACCCCAACAAAUACAUAUUACACAUGCUAAACGAUAUUUUGUGGAGAUAUUUUCUGGAGAUAUUUUCUGCUGUCUUGAGAAAGGAGCUCUGAAGAGAUGACUCAAGUCCCCAGCCACUCUUAGGAGGAGGUCAAUAUUUUACUAAGAAGCCAUAAGUGAAAGACCAUUACUGAGCUAUGUAAAUUGUAAUAAUUCAAGUGACAUUUCACCAAUUUGACACUUUCUGUUGAAAAUGUACAAUCAUAUUUUUACCUUUAAUAUUGGAAAUUAAUUGUUCUUACCCAAGGAAAGGCUUUUAUGCAUUUAAAGGUAAAAUGUUACAUAAUCAUCGUUCUUACUCUAAAUGAAGUUUGCCUAACCUGAGUAAUUAACAGUCUCCUGUAUAAUGUGUGUUCAGAAUAUUUUCAGAUCACUUGCAGAAAAUACUCAAUUUAGACUUCUGGCCCUCUGACAUUUGAAUACCUUAAAAAUGGACACAUUUCUACCUUUAGAGAAGUGCUUACAUGCUUUUAUGAUGUUAAGAGUGUAUUACAGAAAUAUAAAUGCCCUAGGAGACAUCUUUUAUAUAUGAAAUAGAGCUACAAGGGUAUAAAGAAAAGCUAGGUCACAGCACAAAGCAGUACCAUGAUUGAAGACUACUUUGACCAUGAGGUUUGAGGAGGUCGGUCAAAGAAUAGGCAUAAUAGAAGGAUCUUGAAUUAGUUUAUGAUAGGAACAUUCUAUAGAUUAAGUGCAUGCAGAAUCUGACAUGUUGAGGGUGAAGAAUAACUAGUCCAUACAUAUAUAACAACCACUAAUAAUGCAACCAUGAUUUGAUUGACUCCCGGCUGCGCGAGAGUGGAUCUCGGAACCUUUCUGUUGGGGAUCUUUUGCAGGAGGGACCGGAAAAGAGGUUGGUCCUCUACGCGCGAUGUGGGGAACCCGCAAGCUAAGCUCCUCCGGGAGUCUUUUUUUAGGAGUGUUUAAGUCGGGGUGCCAGGGUACACAAGCUGACUGUUCUCGCUUAACCACGUCGGCGGUUUAUUUACCAAAUCAGUUCAGCUGGACUCAACAACUUAAACCAUGGGUUUUCAGUGAAUACAGAAUUAUGUGGUUCAAAUCCUAUAGAAUGAAUUUUGCCUGCUUGAAUACAAUGAAAAGUUACAGAUACCCUUGGACAAGACCAUACAGUACUUCUCGAACCACCGUAGAUAGCAGUGAGGUAAAAACCUUCCUGGCCCUGGCUCACAAAUGGUGGGAUGAGCAAGGAGUAUAUGCACCUCUUCAUUCUAUGAAUGACCUGAGGGUGCCAUUUAUUAGAGACAAUCUUUUAAAAACAAUUGCUAAUCACCAGCCAGGAAAACCUUUGUCUGGGAUGAAGAUUCUUGAUGUUGGCUGUGGUGGUGGAUUGUUAACUGAACCUCUAGGGCGGCUUGGGGCUUCAGUUAUUGGAAUUGAUCCUGUGGAUGAGAACAUUGAGACAGCACAGCACCAUAAGUCAUUUGAUCCAGUUCUGGAUAAGAGGGUAGAGUACAGAGCGUGUUCCCUAGAAGAGAUUGUGGAAGAGACUGCAGAAACGUUCGAUGCUGUUGUAGCUUCUGAAGUUGUAGAGCAUGUGAUUGAUCUGGAAACUUUUAUACAGUGCUGCUGUCAAGUGUUAAAACCUGGCGGUUCUUUAUUCAUCACUACAAUCAACAAAACACAGCUGUCCUAUGCCUUGGGAAUUGUUUUUUCAGAGCAGAUUGCAGGCAUUGUACCAAAAGGUACUCAUACCUGGGAGAAGUUUGUUUCACCCGAAAAUCUAGAGAGCAUUCUGGAAUCAAAUGGUCUGUCAGUUCAAACUGUGGUGGGAAUGAUCUACAACCCCUUCUCAGGUUAUUGGCAUUGGAGUGAAAAUACCAGCCUUAACUAUGCAGCUCAUGCCGUGAAACAGGAGCACCCAGUGCCUGCUGGGUUUGUUGUAAAGGGAGAAACAGAAGACCGCCAAGCUGACACCUCCACCAGCCCAGCUGUACAUGACGAGCUGAAGAAAUGAAUCGUUGUGAAGGGCUGUAGUGAUAUGGCUUGAAAGCCUGAUGUUUACAAAUACAAAAAAUACACAGUCUGAUUUUUGAGAAAGGAUUAUGCAGAAAAGAAAGUCAAUAAAAAGGGCCAAAAACCCUGGAUAAAAGUUUCUGUUGUUUCAUCUAAUAGCUACUUGUAGGUGAUUAUUUUAUGGAUAAAAAAGUUUUGUCCAGGGAUUGUGUGAUUUAGGAGCUUAUGUUCCUCAGCCUUUGUUAUAUAUAUAGGGUGUGCCUAUUUUGCUUAU